AUGGUGCCUCCGAGGGAGCCAUCACGUGGCGAUAUAGAGAUACCACCUUCAGAGGAAGACAUCAUCCAGGAGGAGGAGGUAAUUGAUCCCGGCGUGUGGUCCGACGCCGCGGAUUUUGAGGGUGAGGUGGAGGGCGGGGAUGACGUCGCCGAGGGCGUGAUGCCGCCGGGUCUCGUGAUCGCCGCCGACGACCAGCCAGAGGUGUGGGCCGUCGACGACCAGCCGGAGGAGGGCGCGAACGACCACCCGCCCGAAGUGGAGGCCGCCGGCGACCAGCUGGAGGAGGAGGAGGAGGAGGAGGAGGAGGUGAUGCUUCCUGCUUCAGACAAUGAGGAGUAUUCAGAGUACGACCAGGUGCCUGAACAAGACUUUGGAGCCUACAACAUGUACUCUGUCUCUGACAUGGACUACGUGCUCCAAAAUCCAGCAUUGUUCGCGCACCAUUAUGAGUAUGUAAUUGAGGCUAUUGAAAUGCAUGAGGCUGAGAAAAUGCUUUUCAAGAUGCGUCAGUUGAUCGAGCAGACGGGUGUGCUGGUUCAUGUCCAAAACAGACUUAAUCUUGAGCAACUGUGUGUACUGGUCCAUCAUAUCUCAGGGCUCACAGUAGACGUGGAGAAGCUUAAGGCUAUGUUUAAGCUAGAGAAAAUGGACAGAGAUUUAAUUGGUUCAGUUGAGGCUGUCAUUCCAGAGCUCCUUUUGCAAACUACUCGUCAGCCAGAGAAUGUUCAGAAUUCUACAGAAGCACUCUGUGAUGCUCUCAGUGUAUUUGUGGCUGCUACAAUAGAUGACGUGCCAGCUCACCAGAUUGACGACACAGUUGCUCUAGAAUUGCCUCAACUAGUGCAUGGCGUCUUGAAUUCAGAACCUGCUGCUGACCAACCUCCCCAAGUUGACUAUUCUGUUUUCACUGAUCUUCUCAAUGCUGUAACUCAUAGAGUGGAUGCCUUGAUGACCCUAUGGAUUAAGUAUCCAUCCACCGCAACGCAAAUCAAUGUGGCAGAUGUAGUUGCUGCUCACAUGAUCGCUGCGGAUGACGAGGUGGAGGGCGGGGAAGACCUUGCCGAGGGUGUGAUACCGUCGGAGGUGGGUGCCGACAAUGACCAUCCUAAAGUGGAGGCUGCCAACGAUCCGCUGGAGGUGGAGGGCGGGGAAGACCUUGCCGAGGACGUGAUGCCGCUGGAGGUGGGUGCCAACAAUGAUCAGCCUGAAGUGGAGGCCGCCAACGAUCCGCUGGAGGAGGAUGACGAUGACGACGACGACGACGAUGAUGAUGAUGAUGAUGAUGAUGAGGAGGAGGAGGAGGAGGAGGAGAGGAGGAAGAGGAGGCGGAUAUUUCCCGCUUCAGACAAUGAGGAGUAUUCACAGUAUGACGAGGUGCUGGAAGAGGAUUUUGGAGCCUAUAACAUGUACUCUGUCUCUGACAUGGACUACGUGCUCCAAAAGCAUUGUUCACGCACCGUUAUGAGUAUGUAAUUGAGGCUAUUGAGAUGCAUGAGGCUGAGCAAAUGCUUUUCAAGAUGCGUCAGUUGAUCGAGCAGAGGGGUGUGCUGGUUCAUGUCCAAAACAGACUUAAUCUUGAGCAACUAUGUGUACUGGUCCAUCAUAUCUCAGGGCUCACAGUAGACGUGGAGAAGCUUAAGGCUAUGUUUAAGCUUGAGAAAAUGGACAGAGAUUUAAUUGGUUCAGUUGAGGCUGUCAUUCCAGAGCUCCUUUUGCAAACUACUCGUCAGCCAGAGAAUGUUCAGAAUUCUACAGAAGCACUCUGUGAUGCUCUCAGUGUAUUUGUGGCUGCUACAACAGAUGACGUGCCAGCUCACCAGAUUGACGACACAAUUGCUCUAGAAUUGCCUCAACCAGUGCAUGGCGUCUUGAAUUCAGAACCUGUUGCUGACCAACCUCCCCAAGUUGACUAUUUGUUUUCACUGAUCUUCUCAAUGUUGUAACUCAUAGAGUGGAUGCCUUGAUGACCCUAUGGAUUAAGUAUCCAUCCACCGCAACGCAAAUCAAUGUGGCAGAUGUAGUUGCUGCUCACAUGAUCGCUGCGGAUGACGAGGUGGAGGGCGGGGAAGCCCUUGCCGAGGGUGUGAUACCACCGGAGGUGGGUGCCGACAAUGACCAUCCUGAAGUGGAGGCUGCCAACGAUCCGCCACACCCUUAGGAGCAAUCAAACCCAGAAUAGGGCAAGGGCACAACGUCAUAUGCUGAAAGGAAAAGAACUGGUGGCAUUGGUCAACCUUUGUUCGCCUGGACAAUGACGGUGCUGCCAACGCAUUUAUCGUUUCUGCCUCUCUUUUUUGCGUGAACAGACAGUCUACUGUUUCUAGGACUAGUAAGCUUGCACGUGCAACGCACGUAUCGACUAAUAUUACAAAAAGAUAAACUCUCUACCUGUGUUUUUUUGUUUGUACAUCAACAACAAACACGAUCAAAGAAAAUUAUCAAAAUGUACAUGAUUAGCAAACCAUGCAAUUUGUUACUUUCUCUAUCGAUGGAAUUUUCCUUCAAAACUUACACCGCCGAAAAAU